CUCAGUCCAGAUGGCAACUUCACAAUCACCGCUCCACCCAAGACAGACAUCUGGCGUCGAAGCAACGAAGACGAUGUCUUCAACGCACCCACAAUCUAUCAAAAACUCAAAGCUUCAGAUUUCAAAUCUAUACAAGUCACGGUCUUUGCACCUUGGAAAACACAAUACGAUCAAGGCGGUCUGAUUUUGGCAUUUGAACCUCAACCUGCAUCGAAAGUUCCGUUAGAGAGCCCAAAUGAUGUUGACCCCCGAAAAUGGAUCAAAGCAGGAAUCGAAUACUUCUCCCUACAAUCCGUGAUCGGAGUUGUGGGGACAGAUCGCUUCAGUGACUGGAGUUUGAGUCCCAUGUCUCAAGAACAUCACCAGAAAGCUACGUUCAAGAUGGUCAGAGAUGAGACUACGUUGUGGGUUUACGCUGCGCAGGAGGGUAGUGAGAAACUUUUGCCUAUGAGGGAGGUCAAGUGGGCGUUUAUGGAGGGUAGGAAGGAGAGUGAGAUCUGGGUUGGUGUUUAUGCUGCUAAGCCCAAAGCCGAUGAGGGGGAGGAUGAGGAGAAGGGUAUUGAGGUUAGUUUUUCGGGGCUAGAGGUUGAG